AUGAAAGACUGGAAGCAAACUUUCCUCGAAAGAUUGGCAGAACGUGAUGAAUUUCAGCAUAGCAAUGGCUGCUCCGAUACACUUUUGUACAUGAGUGAAAGAAUUGAGAAAUACAGAGCUAGAUGUGAGGAGCUAAAAUCGGACAACUUUGCAAUAGAUCUUGACAGGGCACUUUCUAAGAUAAAAGAUAUGAAUAUACAACUUGAUCUCAACCAUAAAAUAUUGAAAGAAAAGGAGACUGUGAACAACGACUUGAUAGUAGCGUUUGGAACUGCAAAGAAGGACAAGGAAUCAAUCCGGGAGUUGUAUAAAAAGCUAGAAGACAGAUAUACCAAACUUCAGGAGGAAAUGGCAAUGAGCAAGAAGACUAUAAAUGUAAUCAAUGAUCAUAUUCUCGAGUUGCAAUUUGAGAAUAACAUGCUUCAAGCAUCUUUGAACAGUGCUAAAUAG